GCGGCAAACCUAGCGCUUGCAAACGCGCUCAAACGCGCAGCAUUGAUCAUGCCGCGCAGCAGUCGCUUGCUUCUGACUCUGAAAACCGCCGCCGCGCUGCUCCCGAGACGUACGCAGCGCCGCACGCUGUUUUACGGAUGGGGAGGCUUCCAAGGGGAAGGAGCAUCCGCACUGGCCGACGCCGUCAAGGCGACGGACGUACGCGUCGCAUACUUGCGACACGGAAACACUGAACCCAACGAAGUCGAUUUUGACCGAACGCUGACAAAGCAGGGCCGGUGGCAGGCGGUCGCCGCGGCGAAGUCGUAUGGAUUGUCAUUGCGGCCGUUCCUGCCCACGGCGUUGAGCAGCGAAGCGCCUCGAGCAGUCGAGACGGCCCAAAUCUUCCUGGAGGACGCCGGUCGCGACGUCGAACUCGUCACGGACCGGAGCCUCUACGACGGCACCAUGCAACCGGAGGGGUCCGCGGUCUUCCGGGAGAUCGGCUACGCGCCGCUUGAUUUUUAUUUGAAGGACGGGCGGGCCAACGCGGUCCUGGGCGACUACGCCGAAAACGCGGCGGCGCGCGUCGCGGCGACGCUGGCGGGCUUCGGCCAAUGCUCUCGUAGGCGGACGCUGGUCGUCGUCGGCCACGUGCUGGCUCGGUGUCGACGUCAUGUGGGGUCGCCUCGAUGGCGUCGAGGUCACCGGUUCCGUCCACACAGGCCAUCUACCUCCCGGCCGCGGCCCUCUUCGCGGCGGAGGCGCUGGGCUGCGAUCAGAAGGGCCGCUCCCAGAUUUUAGGAUGCGACACCCAAGAAGCGGAAGGAUACUUGGUCGAGCCCGACGGCUCCGUGUCGCUGUUGCGGCGGCCGCGAUAG